AUGCCCCACGCGGCGCCAGUCAGCGCCAUGUCGGCCGCGCCGCGCCAUCCUCACUUCUACACGGUCGAGGUGGGCGACACACGCUUUACCAUUCUUAAGCGCUACCAGAACCUCAAACCUAUCGGCUCCGGAGCACAGGGAAUCGUAUGUGCGGCCUACGACACGGUGACGCAACAAAACGUGGCGAUCAAGAAGUUGUCGCGGCCCUUUCAAAAUGUGACGCACGCGAAGCGCGCCUACCGCGAGUUUAAGCUCAUGAAGCUGGUCAACCACAAAAAUAUUAUCGGACUGCUGAACGCAUUCACACCGCAAAAGAGCCUGGAGGAGUUCCAGGAUGUCUACCUGGUGAUGGAGCUGAUGGACGCCAACCUUUGCCAGGUCAUCCAGAUGGACUUGGACCACGAGAGGAUGAGCUAUCUCCUCUACCAGAUGCUGUGCGGCAUCAAGCAUUUGCAUUUGGCUGGAAUCGUGCAUCGGGAUCUAAAGCCGUCCAACAUAGUGGUGAAAAGCGACUGCACUCUGAAGAUUCUAGACUUCGGCCUGGCCCGUACUGCCGGCACCACUUUCAUGAUGACGCCUUACGUUGUCACCCGAUACUACCGCGCACCAGAGGUGAUCCUGGGAAUGGGAUACACGGAGAACGUGGACAUAUGGUCCGUGGGCUGCAUCAUGGGAGAAAUGAUACGGGGCGGAGUACUCUUCCCUGGGACGGACCACAUCGAUCAAUGGAAUAAGAUUAUAGAACAACUGGGCACGCCCUCCGCGGCAUUCAUGGCCCGUCUCCAGCCCACCGUACGCAACUACGUGGAGAACCGGCCCCGCUACGCCGGAUAUAGUUUCGAGCGAUUAUUCCCGGAUAUCCUGUUCCCGUCGGACAGUAGCGAGCAUAACCGGUUGAAGGCGUCCCAGGCUCGCGAUUUGCUCUCACGUAUGCUCGUCAUCGACCCGGAGAGACGCAUUUCUGUGGACGAAGCGUUGUUACAUCCAUACAUUAAUGUCUGGUAUGACGAGGGGGAAGUUAAUGCGCCCGCCCCCGCAUCGUACGACCACUCGGUGGACGAGCGCGAGCACACGGUGGAUCAGUGGAAGCAGCUCAUCUACCACGAGGUGGUGGAGUACAACGCCCCGGCCCCCGCGACCCCCGCCGUCGCGCACCUGGCGUCCGCCGACCUGGCUCCGCCCGCCCACACCGCAUAG